GGCAAUGGGUCUGAAUGAUGAAGUGAUGAAGAGGUGAUGAAGAGGUGAGUCCCAAUAUUUUUGUCCAUAUACAGCCAUGGAAACAAUUAUGAGAAACCAUUCUAUAUUUUUAAACACAUCUGCAUGUUUAAAUCCUGAUUAAAUCCUGCUGGCAGAAGGCUAUGCUGAGCAGGAGGUCAGGUUCAAUAUUUCAAUACAGCAGCACACGCUGUAUUCGCCUCUCAGCCGCACUUUUCCUCCGAUUGAUCUAACCACACACACACACACACACACACACAUAUAUAUAUAUAUAGCUAAAAGGCAUCAUCGUCUUAUCGUUCUGUACCACUCGUGGUAAACGCUGAAGGGGGCGCCUGAGUUCCAUCUGGGGGGGCCCAGGAUCACCGGAGCCAACCCGUGCCGCCGCGGUAGGCACUGACUGUUUCUGCGUGCUUAUGUCUUCAAAGUGCCAACAGCACUGUUACUUUGCUAAUUAAUUUAUGGUGUAGAAUAUCGAAAACAUAUGACUAAAACAUCCGCCCAUAAUUAAACGCUUGACGUAAACGAGGAUCUCCACAGACAACAAACGCGUUUGCAGCAGCGGAGAGUGACGCAGCGUGGAGGCUGACAGGCAUGAAAAAACUUGCUUUCCAUCUGGGCACAGAAAGACUUUUGUUUCCGCCUUCCUCUGUGUGAAAAAACUGGAGAAGGAUUGUUAUGCAAGUCUGCCAGGAGUCUCCACCCGGGGAGGAAUGCAGCCGCGCCAUUUGCUUGCUCUUCCCCAGCUUCAGACUCCCGGCGCAGCAUGGAGAAGGUCGAGCUGGCCGCCUUCGGGCUCGGCGUCGCCGGCUGCUUCUUCGCUGUGGCGACCCGCUGCCUUCCCGUGUGGCAAGUGAGUGGCGAACUGGGCAACGUGACGGGGGCGCUGCCGGUGUACUGGGAUGGGGUGUGGAUGGACUGGGAGCAUCACAGCUUGGGCGAACUGCGCUGCGCCUUUUACCAGUCUCUGCUGCCACUGGGGAAGCACUUUCGCUCUUGGCAGGCGCUGAUCACCUCCUCUAUCAGCUUCGGCAUCGUCUCUGUCGCCAUCUACGGCAUCGGGCGGCUGAGGUUCCCCCAGUGGGUCCAGGUGAAGCCGGUGUCGGGGGCGGUCUUCCUCCUGUCGGCGGUGCUGCUUCUCAUUCCGAUGUCAUGGACCACGCACGAGUCAGCGCAGACGCUGGGGAGCCUGCCGUCCCUCCGGAGGAAGGUGGGACAAGCCCUCUACGUCGGCUGGACGGCCACUGUCCUCUUUAUUAUCGGGGGGUGCUUCCUGUGCACCAGGUGCCCCAAAAGAAAACGACAGGAGGUUGUGGACUUACCUGAUACCGGGGAUCCCUUCUUAACUAUCAACAGUGCCUCGUUCCGACCAGGACAACUACCGUGCGCUUAAAGACAGGUGAAUUACUCUUACAGAGAUCAGAUUUAAUAAUAAUAACCUGGGGACUCUGUAUAUGUCUUAAGGAGUUUGAUGAACUCCUAACAUUACAGCCACUGACGAAUUAUUACGGGUUUGUAUUUACCAAUGGUACUCGUUGUUCACAACAGAAGUCGCCUGUGUUUACUGACCAGGGAUGCUUAUUGAAUUUCUGCAAUAAAAUGUAAAUGAUGUGAAUAGACAUGAUAAUAAUUAUGUAUUUUCAAUGCAUUUUUCACCUUUUUCCCCCACUAAUUUACACACGUGGACAAUGUAUUUUUAUAUUUAUAAAAAAUAUUGUAUGUUGUUGAUGUGACCCUGUUUAAGACGAAUAGAUUGACGGAUCUUGAAUUGUUUCACACGGUUGCCUUCCAUUCAAAAAGAAGUUUGCCAUUUUGUUUCCAGAAAAUAAACCAGGUUUACAUACCUA